UAUAUAUAUAUAUAUCUCUGUUUCUGUAAUAACUACCCGCCUGCUCAUAAAAUCGCCGGAUAUAAUGGCGCGUACGAAAAUCAUUUUGAAAAUAUUAUUCUCGUUAUGCGUGUGGUCUUUCGUUAUUAUCGGUCUCUUUAAGAUGCACGGCUCGAAUAUCGUGCCUCAGGAAUACGCUUCGGUGCCAUUAAGCGGUCGUAUACUGCUGCAGAAGGAUAUGCUGCGUUUUAUGGAGACGCCUUCAACAACAACGGAUCGUUUUGAUCCUUCCGAAAUCUUGGUAGACAAUCGAACCGCUAUGGAUGACGAGCAAUUGGUACGUGACGUUGAAUCGCGUAUACCCUCAUUGCCAAUUGCUUACUGGAGUAAAAAUAAGAAUUUUCUUCAACAAAAAUCUUCCAAUUGUGCCAAAUAUCCGUCAAUAUUUGAACUGGAAUUCAAUAACAUCUAUUGGCAGACGAUGCGUACUACUAACGGGACUUUUCAAUUAUUCGGUGCCUACUAUGAUAUACGCAAGAAUUCUUUACUCGGACCAACCGUACGCAUACUCGGUAUGAUUGAUCGCAUCGAACCGAAAGUGAAGACGUUCUGUCAAUUUUGGUUCGAUGGUCAGAAGGAGCCAUUUAUUGUUAAAACCUAUGAAUACAAAUACAUUUGGUAUAAUAAAUGGGGCAAUUAUAAGCAGGGCAUCUAUCAACCGUAUUUGAUAGCUUGCCAAAUACCUAAACCAUUUCACGGCGUGGUACCCAGCUCAGUGUCUAUGGUUGAGAAGCAAUGCGAUACCGCCACGAACAAUUUGCGUGUGAUAUACAAUCGUCCGCCGGACGAUCAUAAGAAAGGUUUUGCUGUAUGCGUGAAAGGUUUAGAUUUUCUCUAUGACGAUCUAUCCGUACGAUUUAUCGAAUGGAUAGAAAUGUUGAAUAUUUUGGGUGCCGACAAAAUUUACUUCUACAAUCUACAAGUACAUCCCAAUAUUAGUAAGGUCUUGCAGCAUUACGAGCAAGAGGGUAAAGUUCAUGUUAGCCCGUUAACUUUACCUGGCGGUCAACCGAAUGUACCCGGUUUUCAGCAUUUAUAUUUAACCAAGAAGACCAAUCACAAACGACAAAAUGAAGUAAUACCGUAUAAUGAUUGCCUUUACAAGAAUUUGUAUUUAUACGAUUACAUAGCGCUGCUGGACGUAGAUGAAGUAAUUAUGCCGAAAGGUAACUUUGUCCUAUGGUCUGAAUUGAUGACCAAAGUAAUACCCGAAUCGCUUAAGUUUCGACCUGAAGGCUAUCAUAGCUACAAUUUCCGUAACGUUUACUUUCUGGAUGAUCAACAACACGAGCAUGGCUGGCACAAAGGUAUACCCAAGUAUAUGCAUAUGCUGCAGCAUGUACAUCGAGCCAAAAACUACACUAAGCCUAAUCAGUAUGUAAAAUGUUUUCAUAAUCCCGAAAGGGUAUUGACGUUACAUAAUCAUUUCCCCUUGGCUUGUUUGGGUGGAGUUUGCAAAUCGUAUCCCGUCGAUACGGAAGAUGCCCAUCUGCAGCAUUACCGAGCUGAUUGUGUGAAUACUUUGAAAAAGUCAUGUGAAGAAUAUCGCGAGCAUUCGGUCGAGGAUAAAACUAUAUGGAAAUAUAAGGAUGAGCUAGUACGACGCACCCUAAAGACUCUUGAGACUUUAGGUUUCUUUAGACGUAAUUCGGGAAACUCAUUUGGUAGCGGCUACGGUUCAACAACGCACUCGACAGAACGGUGAUUUCCUACAUUGUGGUGGUCGGAGACACCAUCCUGGUUGGGCAUUGUUAAUAGUUUAGCAAAUAGGGGUCUAGAGGGUUUAACCGGUCGUAGUAACAUUCAAAAUAAUUGGGGCAGCAGUAGCAGUAGCAGUAGCAGUAGUAGUAGUAGUAGUAGCAGUAGCAGUAGCAGUAACAGUAGAAGCAGCAGCAGCAGCAGUAGUAGUAGUGGUAGCAUUAGCAGUAGCAUCAGUAGUAGUGAUCGAGUUAUUUUAUACCUAAAUACUGGUAGUAAAGAAACCAUAGACUCUGUCGAUAAUUAUAACAAAGAGGCAACAACACAGAGUCCUGAGAUUACCCAAGAGACUACCGCCAAUAGUUUUAAGAGACGAUAGUAUUUUAUUUAAAUUGCUGUUUUUCCGCUUCUUUUUUUUUCUAGUACAGAAUUUAAGUGAAAAACAAGGUUCAAAACCUAAGUAAAAAUAAUCGUGAUUUUUCUUCUAUGUACAUAUUUGAAUAACGAAAAAAAAAAACAAAGGACAUGAACUAGAAAAUUAUUGAAGUAAUUGUGAAAAUUUGAGGUUGAAAAAAAAAGAAAGAAAAACUUAGGUUAAAUUUGAAAAAUUUGAUUUAAAAAAAAGAAGAAAAAAUU